AUGUUGAUGAGCGUACGAAAGAAAUUCUACUGCAAAUACCCGCUUCUCGUAAAAAAAAAUAAAAACAGUGGUAAAAGAAUCAAUGAUCAAAGUGCAAAUGGCCACAGCAACAUCUGUAUAACAAAUUCCAACAUUCCGAGCAACAAAUGCUAUUACGAGCAAAUAGUCAGUAGAAAUUGUUACGUUGCCAAAAAAAGAAAUGAUAGGUUGUUGCUUUCGGAUUUUCAGACUGUUAUUGGAGAAAAAUGGAUGGAUGGCCACAACUGUGGAAUUUUCAUCUACAUGGUCAUGGACACGUUAGAUGAAAGCAAACCAAUUGGAAACGAAUUUGAUCCAAUAAGAUGUAGAUUAAAAAUAUUUGAUGAUGUGAUUGCUAAUUCCGAUAACAUGAUAAAUGAAUGUUUAUUUUGUUGUAAUGAAAGCGCUGAUGAGUUGUGGAUUCAGUGUCAAAACUGUUUCCGCUGGGUUCAUAGAAAAUGUACCCUCAUCACAUGCAGUGAUUGGACUAAAUCAAAUGGAGACAUUAGUCCAUUGUUAAAAGCUCAGCUUAAUCGACAAAUUUUUACUGUUAAUUUGGAACAGGAAAUAGCGAAAGGUAUAGGCGGAGAAGAGUUACUCAAUGUUUUUUAA